AUGGACGAUGAAGAAAUGGUGGAGUUUGCUUUGGAGGCUUUGGAGGGUGAAGAGAUUGACAUGGAUUAUGAGUUCGAUGCGCCUAAGUUCUUUGAUUUUACGAGGCUUGAAACCGAUUGGGAGGCUGAAGAAGCCGAAGAUUGGUUUCGAUGCGCCGGAAGUUAUCCUUCUUCUCCUUUCAUAUUGAGAUUGUUGAAUUGGCACAAAGGCAAUUCUCCAGAGGAAACAGCAACGACCUCUGUGGAAGUCGAAGAUGUAGAAUGCAUUAGAUAUGAUAGCAACGAGUCGAGUAGCAUUGAAGCUGAGGGUUCUUCAUUAGAAGAUGAUAGUAUCAAAGGAGUAAAUUGCUCUAACAAAAUGGAUCAAGAUUCUCCAAAAGCUAAAACCAAGUCCUCAAUCAAGUCACCAACCCUAUCAAGGAGUUCAACUUUAAUGAAACCCACAGCUAGCCAAUUAGCCAAGCAGAUCCAGCGUCGUCGUGAAGUUAGAGAACCUCACUCCAGUCGAUUAUCAAGGAGAGAUGAGAAGAAGCUAGGGAAAGUUGCGGAGAGUUCACUAAGUUCUCCAUUAUUCGAUAGUGUAGCAACUAAAAGACAGAAGUUGGAGGCUGGCUAUUUGCGCAAGGUUUCUCAUCUUAAGCAUCAACCUCUUUGGUUACACAAAUCACCAAAUAAUAGAACCAAAGUCACCAUUCCUAGAGAACCAAACUUGGAAACAGCACAAAGGGCACAAAGACGUAGGUACAAGACUAAUGGGAAAGAUGGAGAACAACCAAAAAUAUUUAAGGAGCCUCCAUGGACCCUCUCUAAGAAGAGCACGCCACAAGCAAAAGAGUUUCAAGUGUUUCAUUUUAGGACAUCACAAAGAGCUAAGCAUAGCACAGUUGAUAAUGUGACAAAUACACCAAUUUCUAGUUGUUUAUCACCAACUGAAGCUACAGAGAUUAAAGGACCAAAAUCUGCCUUUCACAAAAGUGAUAAAUGCAAAGUGCUCUCUCUUAAAAAGAAGACAUUGUCAAGUAAAGAAGGUACUGGUGUUCUACCAAAUAUCAAACAGGAAGGCAGACAACCAAGUCCAAGGGAAUUAAAGUUUACUACUGACAAGAGGUUUAUUAACGAGCCACCAACAGAUUUAUUCAGCAAGCUCUCACUUGCACCUGAACCCCAUCACAAUUCAAAACCUGAGCUCAAAACUGCCUAUGCCUGCUAG